UAUAACAUUUUUUAAUAACCGAAUAUAUACGGAAAUUCAUUCGUAUUUCAUUUACAUCGAAGAUUUCUAUCGACUAUUAUCAAUUACGUGAUUAAUGAAACUCAUUUCUAUCGAUCGAACCAACUAACGAUGGAGGUAAGAACAAGCAACGUUAAUCAUAUCCGAAGGUCUGUUCUAUGUCUUUUCUCCAUUUUCAGCUUCAAUUCUCAAAGAAGACUCUUAUCACUUUUGCAAUCUUCUUCUGCUCCUUUGCACUUACAACACACCCAACAGCCAUUUUUACAAAAGAAAGCUAUUUUAUUCCAAAAUGACAAACAUAUAAACCAAUUAUGUAAAGACAGAAGAUUUAAAGAAGCUAUUGAUAUCUUAUGUGAUCAAAAACGUCUAAAAGAAGCUGUUAAUUUAUUAGGUCAUAUUAGUUUUCCCUCUGUUUCAAUUUAUUCUUCUAUUUUGUUGUCCUGUCUUCGGCAAAGAUCACUUUUUGAUGGAAGGAAAGUUCAUGAUCAUAUGAAAUCUUUGAACUUUAAACCUGGGAUUUUUAUAUCUAAUCGUUUAAUUGAUAUGUAUACAAAAUGUGGGAGUUUGGAAGAUGCCCAGAAAGUGUUUGAUGAAAUGCUUGAAAGGGAUUUGUGUUCUUGGAAUACUAUAAUCAAAGGGUAUGCCAAAAUGGGGAAGUUGGAUUUUGCACGUAAAUUGUUCGAUGGAAUGCCUCAGAGAGAUGAGUUUUCUUGGACUGCAAUGAUAUCAAAUUAUGUUCAACAUGGAAGGCCUAAGGAGGGUUUGGAUUUGAUUAGGAAAAUGCAGAGUUUAGGGGCUGUGGAUUUUAAUAAGUUUACUGUUUCGAGUGCAUUAGCUGCUUCUGCUGCAAUACCAAGUUUGAUUUCUGGGAAGGAAAUUCAUGGGCGUAUAGUCCGGAUGUGUUUGGAAUCGGAUUCUGCAGUGUGGAGUGCAUUGUCUGAUAUGUAUGCAAAAUGUGGUAGUAUUAGAGAAGCUAGGUGUAUAUUUGAUAAAACUUUGGAUAGAGAUGUUAUAUCUUGGACAGCAAUGAUUGAUGGGUAUUUUGAGGAAGGGGAAUGGGAAGAUGGGUUUAAGUUGCUUUCAGAUAUGUUGAGGUCUAACGUUAAAUUAAACGAGUUUACGUUUUGUGGCGUUUUAAAAGCUUGUGCUGAUCAAGCUUUGGAGCAUAUAGGGAAGCAGGUCCAUGGACAUAUGAUCAGGAUUGGGGUUGAUCUGGAUUCAUUUUCUGCUAGUGCACUUGUUCAUAUGUAUUCAAAAUGUGGGAAUGUUAUUGCUGCACGAAUAGCUUUCGAAGGGCUAUCUAGACCUGAUUUAGUAUCCUGGACUUCACUUAUUGUUGGAUAUGCACAGAAUGGUCAGGCUAAGGAAUCUUUGGAGCUCUUUGAGUUGAUGCUUAAAUCGAAUACUCGGCCUGAUCAUGUUACCUUUGUUGGAGUUCUUUCUGCUUGUACUCAUGCAGGUAUGGUCGAAAAGGGUAUUCAAUAUUUCAAUUCAAUAAAAGAUUGUCAUGGACUAAUGCCGAUUGCUGAGCACUACUCUUGUCUGAUAGACCUACUAAGCAGAGCUGGCCGCUUCAAGGAAGUAGAAGAGUAUAUUAGUAAAAUGCCCAUGAAACCCGACAGAUUUUUGUGGGCUUCUGUUCUUGGUGGUUGUCGAACUCAUAAAAAUGUCAAACUAGCAGAACGUGCAGCAAACGCCUUGUUUGAAAUAGAGCCAGAGAAUGCUGCUACUUAUACAACUUUGGCUAACAUAUAUGCUACAGCUGGUAGGUGGGAGGAAGUGGCAAAAGUCAGAAAGAUGAUGGACAGUCGAGGGGUGGUUAAGAAACCGGGUCUAAGUUGGAUCGAGAUCAAAAGACAGGUUCAUCGGUUUCUUUUGGGUGAUACUUCUCAUCCCAAUUACGAUGAAAUUCAUACAUUCUUGGUAGAGAUCUCGAAAAGGAUGAAGCAAGAGGGUUAUGUACCAGACACUAAUUUUGUACUUCAUGACGUGGAAGAUGAACAGAAAGAGGAGAAUUUGUCCUACCACAGUGAAAAACUUGCUGUUGCAUUUGGAGUUAUUUCGACGUCACCUGGGACACCAUUCAAGGUCUAUAAGAAUUUAAGAACCUGUGUAGAUUGUCAUAAUGCAAUCAAAUUUAUUUCCCAAAUCACUAAAAGGAAAAUUAUUGUGAGGGAUUCAUACCGAUUUCACUUCUUUGAGGAUGGGAAGUGCUCUUGUAAUGACUAUUGGUGAAAUUUUUGUGAUGGUUUUCGCUCGUCUCAGCCACAAGUUGUAUAAUCCAUUAGCCAGAUUGUCAUACACUUCAGUUCAGGGGCUGCAAGAACAAUCAGCUACUAAUUUUACACGUUAUGCACGCGAGGAAAAAGGUCGCUUAUAUCGAACCCUAAAGCCCCCCCAGACAGGAACCACUUGGAAUUGUGGUAAUGGCCGAUGGCGUGUUGUAUGCAAGGAGGUAUACCAUCUAGUCUUUCACUAACCAUAUGAAUUGUUAUGAUGUAGGAUGUGCUUCUAACUUCUAAGGAUAAAUCAGAAGUACUUGUUAUUAUGAAGAAAUAUAGUUUGAAUAUAUUGGAAAUAUAAUGCAAUACAAAAUAAAUAAACCGAUUUGUAUUUCCCUUGUAUGGAUGGCAAUGAAACUCCUUACUUUGUAAAUCACCAAAUGGACACCAUGAAGAUAAGGUUGUGACAAUCAGAGAAGUCUCUCGGAAACUUUAUAUGAGUAGAAGGCGUUCAUGCACUUUCCCAUUGUGAUAUUUCUCCCACAAAAGGUGCUUGGGAUGAUAAAAUGAAAUUCACUAUGAGAUACAAUCUACACAACAAAAUCCUAGCACAAGGAAAUUGCAAUACUAAAUACAAGUGUUGUAGUGAAUUAUGAACUUUGAUGAUAUUAAGAGUUAAUUACUCUCUCAAUAUUAUCUCAUGAAAGGAAGAACAAGGAUAAGAGUAUUCUUAAGAUAGAAUUCAUAAAUGAUGUGAAAUUGGGAUGGAAUGUCCCUUGGCAUGCAACCUCUAUUUAUAGAGCUAUGCAUCAAACAAUACCUCCUUUUGAAACAAAAGUAUUUCACCAAGCAAAGCUUAUGAAUCAAAGUAAUAUUUCACCAAGCAAAGCUUACGAACCAAAGUAAUGUUUCACC